AUGACAGGGUUAGCUGACCAAAUUGUGUCAGCUGGGAUAAGUGAUUAUUCUAGUUCAACUGGUGAAUGGGGAAUGCAGUCUCAGGUUUUGGUACAGAAGAAAAUGUUGCUUCGAUGGGAACGGAGAAGUGGAGAAACAAUUUUCGACCAACAUAAAUCAAUGGCAUUGAGAAAAGCACAGACCUUUGGUCAUGUGGUGACACAAAACAGAGUGAAUUAUAAUGUUCCUCAGCAGUUUAUGGAGGCUGCUCAACCAUGCUUACUUGAUGAGGCGUUGCCAAUUUCAUUCUGUUGGCUAGAAGCAAGAGGAAGCCUCUUUCCAAAGCGCCUUAAUAAAAACAGCCCCAAAAGAAGCAAGAACAACCAUAAAUCUGAUAUCAAAGAAACACCAAGGAAGCUUACAAUUAUAACAUCCUCUGUGUUCUCACAGGUCCAAGUGAAGAAUGUGAGUAGAUUGUGCCAUGCAAAACCCAUUGUUACUAUAAAUGGAAGGUUUCCGGGGCCUACAAUCUAUGUCAGGGAAGGAGACAGAGUUCUCAUCAAUGUUACCAACCAUGCUCAAUACAACAUGUCUAUUCACUGGCAUGGACUGAAGCAAUAUCGAAACGGUUGGGCAGACGGACCAGCUUAUGUAACACAAUGUCCAAUUCAGACUGGAAGUAGCUACACUUACGACUUUAAUGUAACAGGCCAAAGAGGAACUCUAUGGUGGCAUGCACACAUUCUUUGGCUGAGGGCUACUGUCUAUGGUGCAAUUGUCAUCCUGCCUAAACAAGGCACCCCGUUUCCCUUCCCACAACCAUACAGGGAAGCUGAAAUUAUACUCGGAGAAUGGUGGAAUGGCAAUGUGGAAGAGUUUGUCAACAAAGCAAACAACUUGGGAUUGCCACCAAACUCCUCGGAUGCACACACAAUCAAUGGGAAGCCAGGGCCAUUGUUUCCUUGCUAUGAGAAACAUACUUUUGUUAUGGAGGUUGAGCAAGGGAAGACCUAUCUCCUGAGAAUUAUCAAUGCUGCUCUCAACGAUGAACUUUUCUUUGGCAUUGCCGGUCACAACUUGACAGUGGUGGAGGUUGAUGCAGUGUACACAAAACCAUUCACUACUGAAGCCAUACUAAUUGCACCUGGCCAGACCACAAAUGUUUUGGUCCAAGCCAAUCAAGCUUCAGGCAGAUACUUCAUCGCUGCUAGGCCUUUCAUGGAUGCUCCAGUUGCCAUAGACAACAAGACAGCCACAGGAAUAUUCCAAUACAGAGGCAUCCCCAACACAGUUCUACCAAGCCUUCCUCAACUGCCUGCCUCUAAUGACACAGCCUUUGCUCUAAGCUACAACAAGAAACUCAAGAGCUUAAACACUCCAAAUUUUCCAGCAAAUGUUCCUCUCAAAGUUGACAGAAAGCUCUUUUACACCAUUGGUUUUGGAAAAGAAUCAUGCCCAACUUGCCUUAAUGGAACAAGAUUUGUUGCUUCCUUGAACAAUAUCUCUUUUGAGAUGCCUCAGGUUGGGCUUCUACAAGCCCAUUACUUCAAUCUCAAAGGGGUUUUUAAAACUGACUUCCCUGAUAGGCCACAAACUCCUUUCAAUUACACUGGUGCACCACUUACUGCCAAUCUUGGGACUUCCACAGGGACUAGGCUGAGCAAGAUUGCCUUCAACUCUACAGUUGAGCUGGUGUUGCAGGACACUAAUCUUCUAACGGUUGAGUCACAUCCCUUCCAUCUCCAUGGAUACAACUUCUUUGUUGUUGGAACCGGGAUUGGGAAUUUUGAUCCUGCCAAGGACCCUGCUAAAUACAACUUGGUUGAUCCUGUUGAGAGAAACACAGUUGGAGUUCCCACCGGUGGUUGGACCGCCAUUCGUUUUAGAGCUGAUAAUCCAGCCAUGUCUUCCAUUGGGGCUAGCUAUGCUGGGGUUUAUGUGAUGCAGAAGCGACAGAAGGAGAAAAUGGAGAAGAAGGAAGACGAAACUAGAGGGAAAGGAGAGAGCAGUACAGCAAAGGAGGGCAAAGUCUCUGCACCUGGGAGGACCAAAAAGGUCCAUGCAGAGAAUUUUCAGGCCUCGGACACUACCCGUCCCUAG